AUGCCACCCCUCUCAUCCACCAUCAUGGCUCUACAAGGCCUCUUCGGCAUUCUCAACGGCGCAGCAUCUCUCAUCUCCUCUGCUUUACAAAAGAAUCUAGAAACGUUACAAAUUGAUUCUGUGCCGGCUAUUCACGCCAUUUCAUUGGGAUCUGUGUCCAUUGGAGCUUUUUACAUCAACGCAGCAUACCGCAAGGACAGGCCAAUCAUGUGGGUUUGUGUCCUUGGGAGAGGUAUGGCUGUUCCUGUUUUCAUGGGGCAUGGUGGACCGUGGAGGAAUGUCGCGGCUUUUGAAGCGGUUUGUGGGUUGAGUAUCGCGGGUGCGUUGGUGUGGGAGCAGUGGGGGAAGGAAAGCAGAAAGGUUCGGGAAGAAUGA